CAACGGUUUGGAAGCUUGUUUUGUGUGAUCAUGGGGAGACAACCUUGUUGUGAUCGAGCAGGAUUGAAGAGAGGUCCAUGGACUAUGGAAGAAGAUCGAAAGCUUAUGCAUUUUAUCAUCAACAAUGGCAUUCAAUGUUGGCGAAUGGUUCCUAAGCUUGCAGGUUUGCUAAGAUGCGGGAAAAGCUGUCGAUUAAGAUGGAUUAACUAUUUGAGGCCAGAUCUUAAAAGAGGUACAUUAUCAGAAGCCGAAGAGGAUCAGAUUAUCGAACUUCAUGCUCGUCUUGGUAAUAGGUGGUCUAAGAUAGCCUCACAUUUUCCUGGACGAACAGAUAACGAAAUCAAGAAUCAUUGGAAUACUCGAAUUAAGAAAAAGCUCAAGCUUCUUGGAGUAGACCCAACCACCCACAAACAUAUUGAGGACGAGACGAAACAAGAUUUGGGACCAAAGAAUGAAGAGUUGUGCAACAUUGUGUCAACUAAUGCAAACACGAAUGUGGAUUGUGCCAAGAUAGAGGAAAUGGGACUAAAAAAUGACAUGGACUUUAAGAGUGAUUACAACAUGGUGUGCAAGAACUUUGACCCAAGUGCAUUCACAAACACAAACCAAGACGCAAAUGCAUUCACAAACACAAACCAAGAAAAAUCGACGUUGAUUUCGAAAACCCCCAAUUCUUCCUUUGGGGAAUCCUCUUUAAAUGAAGGAGAUUAUACUUUACAACAAUGGGUUGAUAGUGUAGAUUCUUUGUUGUUAUGGGAUAGUUUCAAUCAACAAGAAGACCUAUUUUUCCUUUUAGGAAACUAUUAGUUGCAAAUGUUCUUUUUUCCUUUUUUAGGAAACUCUUAGUUUUUCCUUUUUUUAGGAGAUUAUUAAUUGCAAAUGUUAUCAUUUUUCAAGGAAAAGGAAUGGACCGGGAAAACAUAAGGAUCGAGCUAAAUUGUUUUACCGACUAUAUAUUCGAGUAUUGUUGUGAACAAAGUAGGAUGUAAUCCUUUUUUCGGUGGUUAUUGUUGACCCAUUCGCAAGUUAAUAUAUAGAGUAAAUUGUUAUUUUCA